AUGGAAGAAGACGACCCGGUUGUUCAAGAGAUCCCGGUUUACCUUUCUCAAGCCCUCUCCGAGAAUCUGUACAUAUAUCAAUAUCCAGUGAGACCCGCUAAUAGGGAUUGGAAAGAUCUAAAAGUUACUAAUGCCUCAAUAAAACCAAAGAACCAGCUUGUGAGGAUGGAGAUAGGAUUGAAUACCUACAGCGAAAAAUAUUGUUCCUCUAAAGGGGAGCAAAUAGCUUUGAAUACAGAUGGGCCACAGGAAUCAAGAUAUAUAAAAGAUAAAGAAAAGGAAAGGUCACAAUACUUUAGAAAUGGAAUUAUGGAUAAAAUAGUUUACGAAAGCAACACCCCAUGUGUUGAAACCCAACAUUACGCUGUUGCUAUUUUACAAGAUAAAGAAUUACACUGUACUCCUAUUAAAGGUAUUAUGCAACUAAGACCGUCCUAUUCAUAUUAUGACAAGCAAGAUAAAAGAAAGGUAGAUAAAAACAAAGCUGAGAAUUCUGAUGAAGAAGAAAAAGAACCUGAAGCUCAACAGGUGACAGUGAAAUUUGCGAGAACGGAAACAGAUGUAGCUAAGAAGGCUCGUGAGAAAUCAUACGAGUCAAUAUCCCAGAGGAUAGCGGAUGAGCCGUGGUAUGACGCGUUGUGGAAACAUUCAAACACUGAUCAUGCUGAGUUGGAACGUAUGAAGCUAUUUAGUGCGACGACAAUGGAUGGUUCGUCUUUGACAUUGGGACCGGAGGAAUAUGUCAGUGCUCUAGUGCCACCGCCUACGGAUGAAGCUGAAGUUACUCCUAUCGUAAAGCUAUCCCUUCAAGACCAGAUAAGGGAGAUACUUAUUAAUGCAAAGCUGCUGACGUUCAGCGAGCUACGCGCGCUGUGCGGCGCAGAGGAGGGCGCGCUACUGAGCGCGCUGGGCGGCGCGGCGUGCUGCGCGCGCGGGCUGUGGGCGCCGCGCUCGCCGCAGCUGUACGCGCGCGCCGCGCCGCCGCGCCGCCGCCUGCUUUGCGCCGCCAGGGACCACGUCUUAUACCUCUUCACCCAACACUCAUAUGUGGACAGACGAAAAAUAACAGCGGCCGUUCGUCUUCCGCCGGAGGAAGUAUUAGAAAUACUGGAAUCCGUAGCAAAAUUUAAUCCAAGCCACGGCUGGGAGCUUCUCUUACCACCAGACACAGCGUUCGAAGCGAAAUAUCCAGAUGUCAUACAAAGACAAAAUCUCUACUGGGAAGCAAGACAGCGACAGUUUAACGAAAUGUUAAUAGGUGAAAGUGUGCCCAAGCGGCAAAGGAAGAAAUCUCAAAGGGAUUCUAUUAGUUCGGACACAAUGCUAAGUCCUAAGCCGCGUCAUAACAGUGUUAGUGUCAGUGAUGAAGACAGUGGGAAGCGUAAGAACAAAGGUGUGGGAGGGAAAAGGACUAGAAAUGUUAGUUCCAGCGGUCAGGAUGCAACA